CCGCGCCCUGUAGCCGAGGGGUGUGACAGAAUUUGAGUUGUACAACAUUCUGGAUGACAGUUAAGAAGCAGGCAGCAUUGUGCCACUGACAUCUAGGACAAGUAAACAUAAUCUCUACACUUAUUCAACCAUUGUAUCAUCUACCCCAUAAUGGAAAAGGACGAUCUAUUACUGUACGUAUAUUCUGUAUACCUGGCUACUCUAAAGCAAGCAAUUGUUAGCCGACUAGCUAGCUUACCAUGUAGCUUGUAUAGAAUAAUAUACCUUCUAUUCGUAGCGUAACAAUACACUGAUCCAUUAGCUAUCUAUCUAUCACGACGACAUUCAGGUGCACGCAGUGUUGUUUGUGUUCUUCUCAUGCUUGAUUGUAGCGAGCUAGUUCUUUUUUGAAUUGUGUGCUAAGAAGCUAGCUAGCUAGUUAGCUACCCACCAUUAACAGCUAACUGGUCCAGACAACUUUGCCUCAGUCACUAAAGGAACACAAUGAAGACGUGCAACAUGUCACACUGAAGUAUUGUCAGGGUUUAGGCUUGGUGCGUAAAGCAUUUGUGACAGUGUCACUAUGAAGUUUCAUGAGAAAGAGAUCACCAUAAUUUCAUUCAACCGUUUUUUCACUGUGUGCAGCUGAUAACAGAGAGGGGGGACUUAUCUUUUGCGAUCACAUGCUCCUACAGCACUCUAUAGUGGGUGCCCAACACGAUAGCUAGGAUAAGGGGAGGAGUAGGCCUUGCCUCUGAUAAGAAUAUGAACUCAUUGUUAAAGUGGUGAAGAAUAUUACUAACUAAAUGUGUCUGGACCUAGCUAUUUACCUUGGUGUACUCUGUUUGAGUGAAUGGGUGGGUUGGGAGGGGAAAUACUUAAUGUUCUGUUUACAUUACUCUGACUAAGUCUCAUUCCAUCUUUGACAUGAUAUUUCAUUUUUAGCCCCAAAGACUUCCCUAAGUUGAAGAAUGAUGCAUUCCUCCGUGCAUGCCAAGGCCAGGAGACCCCUCAUGUGCCUGUGUGGUGUAUGAGACAGGCUGGACGCUACCUGCCAGGUGGGUCUCGCUACACCCUCCUAUUCACUUCACUGACAUAAGAGACUCACAUUAACGAGCACUAGUCUAAAUCAAUUAUCAGUAGGUUGUUAUUGUUUGAAUGGACCCAUCCAUCUUUUAAUGAGUUGCUGGUAUUGACAUGUGGCCUGUCUGUUUGUAGAGUUCCGUGAGUUCAGAGCGGGGAAGGACUUCUUUGAAACGUGUCGGUCACCUGCAGCCUGCUGCGAACUAACUCUCCAGGUAGCUAAGCAGUACAGGUAUAAAAUGAUCUACAAAACAUCUUAGCCUCGAUUGAUAACAUUCACCUCUUUUUUUGUCUUCUCAUAGCCAUUGAGACGUUUCCCAUUUGAUGCUGCCAUCAUAUUCUCAGACAUCCUGGUUAUCCCACAGGUAAGAGUAGCCUUGUCUGACAAAGAUUUUUGCCAUUACUUUACACACUUCAAUUACAAGUGUUGUGCUUCCUCCUCUCUACAUACUAGACAAAGAGAUGACCUUCUGAGGUACAGUAAGAAGGUAAUCUCUUUGUGUAGUAUGUGGAGAGGAGGAAGCACAUAACUCAGAUCCAGUAUGAGGAAUGGAACUGCCGAAUGAAUGUCUGGGUGUAUGUGUGUUCCUGCUACCAGGCCAUGGGUAUGGAUGUCCAGAUGGUGGCAGGAAAGGGUCCUACGUUCCCAGAGCCCCUAAAGGAGCCAGAAGACCUGCUGCUCCUGCAGCCCAAGGUGGACGUCAACAAGGAGCUGGGCUACGUCUUCAAGGCCAUCACACUGACACGCCACAAACUGGAGGGCAAGGUCCCUCUGAUCGGCUUCACAGGUGCCCCGGUGAGAUGGCUGGCAUGCAUGCACACAUACACACACAUACACAGAGAGAGAGAACACACACACACACACAGAGAACACACAGAGAGAGAGAGAACACUUUUCAAUACAGAAUCUAUUGGUUGCUUCAAUAGUCAGAAGAAAAAAAUGUGUGUCGUGUCUUCGUGUUCUUAGACUAGAGGCUUCGGUAAAGUGACCCAUAUCAUCAUCUGUUUUCCCCUGUAGUGGACCCUAAUGGCCUAUAUGAUUGAGGGGGGAGGCUCAACAACCCACUCCAAGGCUAAGCGCUGGCUGUACCGCCACCCUGAGGCCAGCCACAAGCUGCUAAAGAUGCUGACUGAUGUCAUCGUAGAGUACCUGCUGGGACAGGUGGCUGCUGGGGCACAGGUAAGCAAGGCAUCAUAGGAGAUUGAGUUCCAGCUGUAUCUUACUACAGCUUACCUUCAGGUACACUGCUAGCUCAGAGUUCUUUCACAUGGGAAAACUAUCAGGUGAAUAGAGGGUAGAUCAUUUUAUUUACAGCACUUAAUUGGACAAGGAGAAAAUGUUACACUUGCCAGACGGCCAUUAAUUAUUUAAUAGCACAAUAUCUAUGAACUGAUAGAAUGUUGAUUUAUUCAUGUAGGUCUCUUAUAUGGCCCCUAUCAUAGGCACAUUAUACAGAAGACAUACACUGAGUGUACAAAACAUUAUGAAGACCUUCCUAAUAUUGAGUUGAACCCCCCCCCCCCCCCUUGCCCUCAGAACAGCCUCAGUUCAUCAGGGCAUGGACUCUACAAGGUGUCCAAAGCGUUCCACGGGGAUGCUUGCCCAUGUUGACUCCUUUGCUUCCCACGGUUGUGUCAAGUUUGUUGAUUGUCCUUUGGGUGGUGGACCAUUCUUGAUACACACAGGAAGCUGUUGAGCGUGAAUAACCCAGCAGCGUUGCAGUUCUUGACACACUCAAACCGGUGCGCCUGGCACAUACUACCAUACCUUGUUCAAAGGCAGUCAAAUCUUUUGUCUUGCCCAUUCACCCUCUGAAUGGCACACAUACACAAUCCAUGUCUCAGUUUAACCUGUCUCCUCCCCUUCAUCUACACUGAUUGAAGUGGAUUUAACAGGUGACAUCAAAAAGGGAUCAUAGCUUUCACCUGGAUUCACCUGUGUCAUGGAAAGAGCAGGUGUUCCAUGUCUUGUACACUCAGUGUAGUCCUGUAUAGCUACAUCCCCCAUCCCUGUGUUUCCCCAGGCUUUGCAGGUGUUUGAGUCCCAUGCUGGCUGUCUGGGCCCAGUGGAGUUCCAGGAGUUCUCCCUGCCCUACCUCCGAGACAUCGCCCGUAAGGUCAAAGACCAGCUGAAGGAGUCAGGCCAGAAUGUCCCCAUGGUGAGGCCACACAGACUGUCACUUCUUCAUUCACACAACAACACAGACAUCCUCUUUAUGGAUUUGAUGUCACUAGAUUUUCAAGACAAGCUUUUGUUUAUCAUCUCCUACAAUGUGGUUAUAAAAGGCUUAUAGUUAUUGCAGUGAGAUGUUGGCCAGUGUAAUGUGGUAUUUCCACCAGUAGAUGGCACUAUAAGGUCAAAUAUUUUUCUCUACAGACAUCAUCUUGAAUAGUCAGAAAUACAUUGGAGUUUUUUUUUAAUGCCUUGAAUCAUUGAAUAGCAUGUCAUAGGUCUCAUAAUCAGCAGUGUAGUGGAGGGUAAAUGCAAGUAAACACAGUUUACCCAACUUUUUUUUGCCCAACAGUUUACCCACAUUUUGCAGAAAAAUGCAUUGAAAGAAUGUUACUUUUUUACCGUGACCAGAAGUAUUUUUUUUACCACUACAUCACUGCUCAUAAUUGAAUAUUUUACAAUUGUUUUGUAAUUCGUUUUUCACUGGAGUGUGUCUUUAAAGUUCCCUGGACCAUUCUGUAACUCCCUCUGUGUCCUGUAUGUUCUGUUCCAGAUUGUGUUUGCCAAGGAUGGCCACUAUGGUCUGGAGGACCUCUCUCAGUCCCACUAUGAGGUUGUUGGUUUGGAUUGGACCAUCGAUCCAUGCUCAGCACGGUAAUGGACAUGAACCCUUUUCACAGAAAUCAAUUGAAUAUGAAUAAUUCCCAGAGAGUCAGCUUCCUAGACAGUCAAUGGCUGAGCCAACGUUUGCAAAAGACGUAUUGUGUCAUAUGUUGACAUUUAAUUGGAUUCACUCUCUUAUAAAAGUUCAUCCCGUCAACAGUAAAAACAGGUGAUGCCUGGCUCUGUCCACUGUUGAUUGAUCUCCUGGUGAAUGAACUCUUCCUAACGAGCCUGUUGUCUCUGUGAUUUCAGGGAGCGGACGGGAGGAAAGGUUAGUCUCCAAGGGAACAUGGACCCCUGUGCACUCUAUGCCCCCAAGGUAAGCACUGGGUUUUUUUCUGGCUCAAAAUAGGGCUUAGGUGGUGGGCGUGGCCAGUGGUGCGGUCACCAACCGAACAUUUAAGGGCUCUCCUCUUUGCCGCAGAGACAAACUUUUUGCUGUUUUAAAGCUAAUUCCCUGCAAUUUUACACAUUUUGCCAUGGGGCGAAGAGAACAUUUUAUAGUUUAAAAGCUCAUUUCCUGCAAUUAUACACAUUUUGCCUUGGCUAAUGCUGUGUUCUUAUGCUAUUUGAGGGACUCAAACAUUAUAACAUAAUCAAUGCCAUUACAAAAAUACUCCUGAAUGCAUACUUUUUUGAAUUUUUGAUUCUCCCUGACUGUUUAAAUUUUUUAUUUUGGUGAUUGUUAGUUCUCAAAGAUGAUCUUAUUUUAAAAAUAUAUAGCUCCAUUAUCUUUUCUACAUACUUUACAGUGGGGAAAAAAAGUAUUUAGUCAGCCACCAAUUGUGCAUGUUCUCCCACUUAAAAUGAUGAGAGAGGCCUGUAAUUUUCAUCAUAGGUACACGUCAACUAUGACAGACAAAUUGAGAUUUUUUUUCUCCAGAAAAUCACAUUGUAGGAUUUUUUAUGAAUUUAUUUGCAAAUUAUGGUGGAAAAUAAGUAUUUGGUCACCUACAAACAAGCAAGAUUUCUGGCUCUCACAGACCUGUAACUUCUUCUUUAAGAGGCUCCUCUGUCCUCCACUCGUUACCUGUAUUAAUGGCACCUGUUUGAACUUGUUAUCAGUAUAAAAGACACCUGUCCACAACCUCAAACAGUCUCACUCCAAACUCCACUAUGGCCAAGACCAAAGUGCUGUCAAAGGACACCAGAAACAAAAUUGUAGACCUGCACCAGGCUGGGAAGACUGAAUCUGCAAUAGGUAAGCAGCUUGGUUUGAAGAAAUCAACUGUGGGAGCAAUUAUUAGGAAAUGGAAGACAUACAAGACCACUGAUAAUCUCCCUCGAUCUGGGGCUCCACGCAAGAUCUCACCCCGUGGGGUCAAAAUGAUCACAAGAACGGUGAGCAAAAAACCCAGAACCACACGGGGGGACCUAGUGAAUGACCUGCAGAGAGCUGGGACCAAAGUAACAAAGCCUACCAUCAGUAACACACUACGCCGCCAGGGACUCAAAUCCUGCAGUGCCAGACGUGUCCCCCUACUUAAGCCAGUACAUGUCCAGGCCCGAGUGCAUUUGGAUGAUCCAGAAGAGGAUUGGGAGAAUGUAAUAUGGUCAGAUGAAACCAAAAUAGAACUUUUUGGUAAAAACUCAACUCGUUGUGCUUGGAGGACAAAGAAUGCUGAGUUGCAUCCAAAGAACACCAUACCUACUGUGAAGCAUGGGGGUGGAAACAUCAUGCUUUGGGGCUGUUUUUCUGCAAAGGGACCAGGAUGACUGAUCCGUGUAAAGGAAAGAAUGAAUGGGGCCAUGUAUCGUGAGAUUUUGAGUGAAAACCUCCUUCCAUCAGCAAGGGCAUUGAAGAUGAAACGUGGCUGGGUCUUUCAGCAUGACAAUGAUCCCAAACACACCGCCCGGGCAAUGAAGGAGUGGCUUCGUAAGAAGCAUUUCAAGGUCCUGGAGUGGCCUAGCCAGUCUCCAGAUCUCAACCCCAUAGAAAAUCUUUGGAGGGAGUUGAAAGUCCGUGUUGCCCAGCGACAGCCCCAAAACAUUACUGCUCUAGAGGAGAUCUGCAUGGAGGAAUGGGCCAAAAUACCAGCAACAGUGUGUGAAAACCUUGUGAAGACUUACAGAAAAUGUUUGACCUGUGUCAUUGCCAACAAAGGGUAUAUAACAAAGUAUUGAGAGACUUUUGUUAUUGGCCAAAUACUUAUUUUCCACCAUAAUUUGCAAAUAAAUUCAUUAAAAAUCCUACAAUGUGAUUUUCUGGAUUUUCUUUUCUCAUUUUGUCUGUCAUAGUUGACGUGUACCUAUGAUGAAAAUUACAGGCCUCUCUCAUCUUUUUAAGUGGGAGAACUUGCACAAUUGGUGGCUGACUAAAUACUUUUUUCCCCCACUGUAUAUCUGGUUUUAGUCGUUUAAGUUUACACUGAAAACGUUUUACCAUCCCGAACAAUUUGUUAUAUAAAAAAAUAAAUCUAUAAUAUUGACAAAGAGAAAACACAUGGCACAGAGAGAUGUUUGCGUACAAAGGUACUGUACUGUACAGUACAAGCACAUGAACCAGCAACCAUUGUGUUCUUGAGCCAGGCACUUGCUAACCCCAAAACGUACUUAUACGGCACACUUUCAAAAGUGAUACUCAUUUAUCUCUGUCUCUGCCUGUGCAGGAGCGUAUAUCAGAGAUAGUGAAGAAGAUGCUGGAAGGCUUUGGCACCAGAGGGUACAUAGCUAACCUGGGCCACGGACUGUACCCUGACAUGGAUCCAGAGAAUGUGGGUGCCUUCGUAGAAGCUGUCCACACUCACUCUCGCCACCUCAACCACAAGUAACACCCCCGUCACCUGGCAACAUUGACCACAGUCAUCAUACUAGCAGAGAGCAGCACCCGAAGAAACAAGCAACAUUGCAUUGGAUUAUAGAGACGAUGUAUUAUGUAUUCACAGAAAUCUAAUGUACCAACAGGUCUUAUCAAGUAUGUUAUCCCAGGACAAAUCCAGACUUAUAUGAUUUUUUUCUUCUGGAAAUAAUAUUUUGGUUAUAUUCUAUAGAUAAUCCUUGGACAAAAGAAAAACAUUAAAGUAGUGCACGACCCUGUAAUAUUUCUUAUGUGUACCCCUGAUCUGUUUUUCAUCAGGUAGUUAAUCUUACAACAACAUGAAGUGUAUGAAGGGUUUAAUGUGAUUAUUGGUCUCAUGGCAAACACAGUUGUUUGACUGUGACAAAUUUACUAUUUUUUAUUUGUAUUUUUUUAUUUAACCUUUUAUUUAACCAGGUAAGCCAGUU